AUGAGUACUGUAGAGACCCUUGGUAUCAAACAAGUCCCUAAAAAAACCUCAGAAUGUAUCAACUGGAUUCGCUCUACAUACUAUUCCCCUCCUGGUAAGACUCCUUCCGGUGUUCCGUCUUUUGUUUUCGGUGGUCCUCCACCAUCAAUCUUAAACAAGUUGAAAGAAGUUUAUGAAGCUGAUCGAGGAAAAAAGUAUGAAGGAGUAGAAAAUGAUGGCGACUUUGAUGAGUUCGGCUGGAAGCUACUGUCAAAUGGAACAUACUACAACAAAUAUUUGAAGGAAAUUGCAGACCAUCAUCCUUUGAUGAAAAGAGAAAGAAAAGACAACAUUUAG